AAAAAAAGAGUGAGAGAACAAAAAAAGUACUCCAAAAGUAUCAGAAAAAUAAGGAGCAGUCUACUGCGAAGCAAGCAAAACGUAUCUAACAAGAAAAUGAGUGGCUAAAAAAAGAAAAUCAUGUAAAUAAACUUGAAAAUAAAAAUAAAAAAAUUCACAUAUAUUUUUGCAUCAUAUUGACAUUAUCCAAAAAGUGCUGUGGACAAUUGUCAUUGAGAUAAAAAAAUGGCUGAUAAAAAUCAGGCUAAUCAGCCACAACCAAUUGUUAAAAUUGGUCAUUAUACACUAGGUCAAACACUGGGUGUUGGAACAUUUGGAAAAGUCAAGAUUGGUGAACAUGUGUUAACAAAACACAAGGUCGCUGUUAAAAUAUUAAAUAGACAAAAAAUUAAAAGUUUAGAUGUUGUUGGUAAAAUACGACGUGAAAUACAAAAUUUGAAACUUUUUCGUCAUCCUCAUAUUAUUAAAUUAUAUCAAGUCAUCAGUACACCAACAGAUAUAUUUAUGAUAAUGGAGUAUGUUUCUGGUGGUGAAUUAUUUGAUUAUAUUGUUAAACAUGGUAAAUUAAAGGAAUACGAGGCAAGAAGAUUUUUUCAACAAAUAAUAUCUGGUGUUGAUUAUUGUCAUCGUCACAUGAUUGUUCAUCGUGAUUUAAAACCAGAAAAUCUUUUACUUGAUCACAAUUUGCACGUUAAAAUAGCUGAUUUUGGUCUUUCAAAUAUGAUGAUGGAUGGUGAGUUUUUAAGAACAUCAUGUGGUUCACCAAAUUAUGCUGCACCAGAAGUAAUAUCUGGUAAAUUAUAUGCUGGACCAGAAGUUGAUAUAUGGUCUUGUGGUGUUAUAUUGUAUGCAUUAUUAUGUGGUACAUUACCAUUUGAUGAUGAACAUGUACCAACAUUAUUUAGAAAAAUUAAAUCUGGAAUAUUUCCAAUACCAGAAUAUUUAAAUAAAACUGUUGUUAGUUUGUUAUGUCAUAUGUUACAAGUUGAUCCAAUGAAACGUGCAACAAUUGAUGAUAUUAAAAAACAUGAAUGGUUUCAAAAAGAUUUACCAACAUAUUUAUUUCCAUCACCAGUUGAACAAGAUUCAUCAGUUAUUGAUAUUGAUGCUAUUAAUGAAGUUUGUGAAAAAUUUAAUGUUAAAGAAGCUGAAGUACAUGCAGCAUUACUUGCUGGUGAUCCACAUGAUCAAUUAGCAAUAGCAUAUCAUUUAAUUAUUGAUAAUAAAAGAAUUGCUGAUGAAGCAGCAAAAGCUGAACUUAAAGAUUUUUAUGUUGCAUCAAGUCCACCACCACCAUUACCAGCACCAAUUGCUGCUAGUCCAAGUGAUGGAAUAAGUAGUCCAUUAAGACCACAUCCUGAAAGAAUUGCACCAUUACGUGAACGUCAAGGAUCAUUAUCAACUACACAACCACAACCACAAGGUAAUCGUGGUACACCAGUUAAACGUGCUAAAUGGCAUUUAGGUAUACGUUCACAAUCAAAACCAAAUGACAUUAUGAAUGAAGUUUAUAGAGCAAUGAAAGCACUUGAUUUUGAAUGGAAAAUUAUUAAUGCAUAUAGUGUACGUGUACGUCAUAAUAAUAAACUAAAUAAUCGUUUUAGUAAAAUGUCAUUACAACUUUAUCAAGUAGAUUAUAAAAGUUUUCUUUUGGAUUUUAAAUCAUUAUCUAGUGAUGAAUCUGAAGAUUUUAUAAGAGAUGACUUUAUAGAUCCAAGUGGACCACCACCACAAUCAACUGGUCAUCAUACUAUGGAAUUUUUUGAAAUGUGUGCUGCACUUAUAACACAAUUGGCACGAUAAAAUAAUUAUAAUUUUUUUUUUGUUUAUUCUUUUCUUUUAUUAUUAUUUGAUAAUUGAAAACGUUGAUAAUUUUAUUAUUAAAUUAACUGGUUUUUAAUAUUUCAUUAUAAUUAAUUUUAUUUUAUUUCUUUUGUUAUUGCCAAGGUUGAGGCAUGUAGGGACUAAUUGUUUAUAAAUGUAGCUUAUGUGAUUGAUCAGAAUGUACCUUAAUGAAUGAAUAAAAUUUACUUGAUUUUUUGUUCA